UUUUAUUCAUUUGAAAUAUAAGUGCCGUCUAUCGCACAAAAAUACCAAUAUUUUUUAAGCAGCAUAUAUAUCGAUAUAUUUGUACAUCAAUAUAUACACUCAUCCCAAGCCGGUAUAAACAAAACAUAACAAAAAAUCCCACGUUUAACAACAAAUAUGAAGUAUAAAGAUCUGAAACGGGCAUACAACAAUGUGCUGGCGCAGAUUAUAUCUUCGUCCCAGCAGUACCUGUUUUCUGGCAAUCUCUUUGGCGAUAUAUUUGUACUCAGCCUGAAAGAACUGGACAAAGGCACCGAGGAGCCCCCAGGCAAACUGAAGAUAUUCCCGCAGGGUAUUGCUGUUGAUAUCAAUUGCUUGGCAUUUCGUCGAGACUUUCUGAUAGUCGGGACAGUGGGUGUCGUCUAUGGGCUGCACUGGAACGAAGACGACGAGGUGUUGAGUACGAAACGCUCAUGGGAGGUUAAAAUACCGAUGCAAGCAGAUGCCGUGGAAGUGCCGGACGUGAAUUCGUUGUGGCUGAGCCCAGACACCGACACCCUGUUCGCCGGUUGUGGAGACGGUGUAAUUUAUCAAAUAAGUCUCGAAGAUGGGCGCAUAGAGCGGGACUAUCGCGGGCACACAGACUACGUGCACUCUGUGGUUGGCAACUCGAACGGACAAAUCUUCUCAGGUGCAGAGGAUGGAACAGUGCGAGUCUGGAACACCAAGCAACUGGACCAGACGUCAAUGAUAGAGCCGUAUAAAAAGUCACAGCUGCUUCGUCCCGAUUGGGGAAAGUGGAUCGGUUCCGUGGCCGUCAACGACGACUGGCUGCUGUGUGGCGGCGGUCCACGAGCAUCGAUCUUCCACUUGCGGUCCUUGGAGUCCACCUGCGUGUUUGACUUUCCCGGACGUGUGCAUGUGUGCGACUUUGUGGAUGACGGCGUGUUCAUUGGCGGCGAACACAAUCAUGUGCAGUCCUACACCCUGAAUGGAGUGCUACAGGCCAAUAUUCCGGUGGAGCACACUGCCUGCUAUUCCACAGUGUGGCAAACGGAACCGAUCAAGUUUAUGUCCAUCGCUGGAUUCAGCAACAGGCUGCAUAUCCUCAAAGAUUUUCGCUUUCUGGACAGCAAAAUCGACUUGUAUGGCAAUGUGCAGGGCGAGGAAGACAAAGAGGACGAGGAGGACUUAGAGGAGCUAAUUGAAUAAUUCCACGAUUAUAUGAAAAUCACCAGCUAAACCAAUUUAUGUUUAUUUCGAGUGCUGUUCCGCAAUCUUAACAUCAGAUUAAAGAACUCUUUAUAGAAUAA